AUGAUAACCCUGCAGAUACAAUCGAUACCCUGCAAAUACAAUCUUAUCCGGUUAAACUUUGCUGCAGCUUUUCUGAGUUUGAUUGGACCACCGCUGCAAUAUUUUGCCCCAGAGAGACAGUUAACCCUUGGAACUGGUUCAUUUGGCACGUAUGUUUACGUAGGAAUCUUAGAAGAUGGCGACGAAGUGGCUGUAAAAAGGUUAUUGCGUCAAGCUGCCGAUGAGAAUGAAGUUGCUGUUCUCAAACGGAUAGACGCAAAGAAAUCGCCAUAUAUUCUGAGCUAUCGCUAUAUCCUCGAGGACAAAAACUUUAUGUAUUUAAUUUUGGAUCUUUGUGAAGAAACAUUGAAAGAAUACGUACAGUCACACAGUGUUCCCCACCUGCGAGAAGAAGGCCCGAGGAUGAUCAAGGAGAUCUUACUUGGUGUUAAAUUUCUUCAUGACCAAGGAAUCUUGCACAGAGAUCUGAAGCCAUCAAAUAUAUUGGUUGAUCUAAAAGGUCAGAUGAAAUUAGCUGACUUCGGACUCAGCCGUGUUUUGAACGAAGAUGAAACAACAGUUAAAACUUUUGCGAAAGGAACACGAGGCUGGAUGGCUGCCGAAGUUAUAGAAGCAGGUAACGGAGAAAGAAUGGGACGUUAUAAGAAAAAAUCUGAUAUCCAAUCGAUUGGUAUGAUUUCCUUUUUCAUUUUAACUGGCGGUAGACAUCCCUUCGGUGCUACUGUGCAAGAACGUAUGACGAAUAUCUCAAAGGGAAAUCCAGUUGACUUAGACGCACUUGAUGAUUAUGGUGACCCCAAACGGUUUGUGACAUUGUUGAUAAGUCAUGAUAUUGAUAGUCGACCAUAUGCUUGUGAAGCGUUGAAGCAUCCUUUUUUGCAAGGCAUUGGAGGAACUUUAAAUUCCUAA